ACCAGAUUACGCUACAGUAACCCAAACAUAAAUUAAGAAAAAUUACAGUGCAUUUUACCUUAGUUUAUGCCAAUUAUGCAUGGGUAAACAUUACAAACGAUGUGGAACCUUCUAAUUAGUAUAUAAAGCAGACUUGGAGUAAAGCAAUACGAAAGGAAAUAUGUAGAAACUUUGGAACAUUGAGGAUUGAAAUUUGACAGAAAAUCAUGGCGACGGAAGUUGCAAAUCCGAAUCCAACUGCUGCACAAAAUCAGCCACAGGACCAUGAAGAUAAGAAAAUUAUAAAUGAAUUUUGUCAUUUGCUUGAGAAAUCUAAACAAUUGUUCAAUGGACUAAGAGAUUUACCACAGUAUGGUCAUAAACAAUGGCAGGCAUAUUUUGGACGAACAUUUGAUGUUUAUACAAAACUAUGGAAAUUCCAGCAACAACAUAGGCAAAUCUUAGAUACCAAAUAUGGACUGAAACGAUGGCAGAUUGGAGAAAUUGCAUCCAAAAUAGGGCAACUAUACUACCAUUAUUAUUUACGCACUAGUGAGACAAACUAUUUAAAUGAGUCGUUCUCAUUUUAUUCAGCCAUCAGAAUGAGGGCCUAUUAUUCCAAGGCUAAUAAGGAAGACAGGCCAGAUCUGAUGGUGAAAAAGCUACGAUGGUACGCCAGGUUUAUUGUUGUCUGCCUCUUGUUGAAAAAGAUGAAACUUGUCCGAGAUUUAGUCAGGGAGCUUGGGAAACAGAUUGAUGAUUACAUCUCAAUAUAUGAUCCUGAAGAUCAGUUAGAAUGGACUCUUGUGCUAGGAGAAAUCAAGGCUUUCAUAGAGGCAGAUGGGAUAUUAAAUGUGGUGGAUGUAGACUCAUCAUCGAUAGUGUUAUCCCAUAGGUUAUCCCCCCUCAAUACUCCACCUCUAGAAAAGGGGGCGCCAGUGUACCUGACCCUACAGGAAGUGUUCAUCGUAGGGAACUGCAACGACCAGGUAAAGUUCAGUGAGCUGACUUUGGACAUGUUCCGUAUGCUACAAACUUUAGAGCGUGAGCCGCAGGAGGAUUUGACGAGCACACAGAUAUACGAUGCAUCCCCUGCCCCGGGGAAAACUCCCUCUUUUUAUCGAGCAUCCCUCAAGCGCUACCCUUCAGAUUCCUCAGUAACUGGUUGGGGGGAUAACAAUAACUUGAACAAACGAGACAACCCCCACAAGUAUCUCCUGUACAAACCCACGUUCAGCCAGCUCAAUACUUUUCUAGCCUCCGGGUUUAAAGAGCUCCCACCAAACGGGGCAAUGCUGCUCUACUUAUCUGCAGAUGGUUCCCUUGGCAAUACCAAACAGACUGAAGAUGUUGCUUACGACUAUGGAGGCAUUGUGAUGAACAGUAGACGUGAUGGAUUGGAAAUUACCAAUAAAGCAAAGAGAACUGGCUCAUUAAAAGACCCUCAUUGCUUACAUCCUGGAGAUCUGUACCUAUACACCAGAAAGCCAUUGUUUAUAAUAGCAGAUAGUGACAACAGUGCCGCUUUUCAGAACUUUCCAAACUUGUUUGGUCAGCCUCUAAUAUGUCUGCUCUCACCUCUUCACCUCCCCCAAACCAUGCAAGAUCAACACCAAAAAGGGAACCUAUUCACUCUGUUCUUAUACAGCCCUCUGACCGCAUUCUGUAACAUAUGUAAUAUAGUGGACAUUCCUAUCCAAAUGUGGGAUAAGUGUCAGGUCCAGAUCGACAAAUUCAUUGUGGAAGCAGGCCGAACUUUCUCAAGGUCAAGGUCGCUAGACCAUUCAUACAUGCAGUUUUACGGAGAUGACUUUCUCAGACUGAUCCUGCUGAGGUUCAUUUUCUGUAGUAUAACUCUGACUCUGCAUCGAGGCUUCAAGGGUAAAGAUUUCUAUCCGAGCAGCCAUCCAAUAAUACCUGAUGAUGUACUCAACGUACAGACUUUACACAAAAUAGUCCUUGACCUCGCAUCUCUACUGGAAGUGCGUAGCGUAUUCUCAGAACUGACCAACAGCGAAUGACUUACAUCAACCAAUAGGAAUUCUUCAUCUCCAUCGACUCAACAUUCUAGAAGUGGAAGAAAUGUUCUCCUUUUUGGAAUCAAAACUGUUACAAAACAUUGUUUACCAAUUUUUCAUUUUUGGCAACAUAUUUUCCCAUUCGUAGUAGUGUUGGUUAGUGUCUUAAGCAUUUUCAGAUCAUUAGCCAAAGGUGCACAAAAUUUAUUUUCUGCUAUGAGGUCUGUAAGAAGUGGAAAAGCGGCCUUGACCUCUCAUAAAAGGGGUCAUCAAAGACCCCUUAAAUGUCGGAAAGUAAAUACCAAAUGGGAAAAUAAUGUGUCAAAACCUUAGUAUGAUAAAUAUCUGUAAAUAUUUCUCCAAUAAACUGAUGUUUAUAUCACAUAUAUAAUUAAGAUAUAACAGCCUCAUUAUAUAUAAAUAUCAGGUUUAAAAUUAUGAACAGUUAUUUAUUUGAAAAAUUCCAUGUUGUGUAUAUUAUAUACAUUUGAUGUAUUUUAUGGAUGUAUAAACUUUAUGUAUUAGAGGUGAGUUGGAUGACAGGAACCUGAUAGCUAUAUUACUACACAAAUGGGUCACUGGGUUUAUUUGUAGUGGCUCAUUAUGGCCAACUAUCCCACAAACUGUUGUAAAUACUUAACCCACCCCAUGAUCUGAAUGAUCUCUGUCUGAAUUGAUCUGACUGGCACCUAAAACACCUCUACUAUGUAAAUGUAUUCUUGUCUUUUCAUAAAUUCAAGUGUCUCCAUGUUAUCAUGUUCAUUUCAGUGAUCAUGUAAGAACAGGUUCCAUUCAAAAAUCUGAUCGAGAGAAUUAUCUCAUAGAUAAUGUCGUUUUAUGAUUUUUAUUCUUGGAUAGUCUUGAGAACAAAUAUUGAAAAAUAAUUCAAUGAGAGCAGAUUGAAAAACUCAUAACUGUUGAAUAAUACUAUCUCCUUUACAUCUUCUCUCAUUAAAGUUUCAGCUGGUCCAACACCAUCAUUCAUUUACAUGAAUAUCACCAUAAUAUCGAUAUUAUACAGUAAUUAUAACUUGCACCUUGUGAAUCAAAGAUUUACUUUGUUGAUAUAAUAUUGGUAUAUAUCGUAGUAGUCGUCUCAGGAUAAUGAACCAUUUUCGUUUUACAAUAUUAAUAUUUCAUAUAUCAGUCUCCACCUGCUUAUAAUAGAUAUAAAGGACUUGUUAUUUCUACUUCUGUCAGAGUUUAUUUCGAAUUAUUCCCUUGACUGUUGAUUUUUUACUCCUCUCUAUUUCCUCUACUACCUUUGGUUAAGUUUUGGAUUUUUUUAUCACAUUCCCAGCGUG